UGUAUAAUAAUAACCAGAGGGUGUAUCCAAUGGAUACAGACAUGAACGACAAUGGUGGUCAUCCUCCUAAUCCAACAAAAUACGUGAUGCUUUCAGAGAACGGCGGCAGCCUUCGACCUCCGCCAUAUCGCCGGAAUAUCCCACGUUACCAGUCUACCCCCAAGAGAAAGGGUUGCUCAUGUGGCAAAUGUCUAUGCUGUUGUUGCUGCUUCCUCCUCAUCCUCAUCAUCCUCCUGGUAAGCUUCACCUUCUUAUUCUAUAGCUAUUUCAAGCCUAAGAUCCCUUCCUAUAAGGUACAAGACCUCAACGUUGGCGCCUUCAAUGUACAACCCGAUUUCAGCCUCUACACAGAGUUCAUUGUCCAUGUUAAGGCCGAGAACCCCAAUGAAAAAAUUGGCUUUACUUAUGGCAAAAACAGUUCGGUGGUUGUGGCUUACUCUGGCGCACCACUCUGUUCUGGUAAGCUCCCUGCUUUCUAUCAGGAUAAAAAGAACACAACCCUUAUAAAGGUAGUGUUGAAAGGGAAAAGUGAGUUUGGUUCUGGGCUCCAAGCUGCUUUAAUGGAGAAUAAGCAUACUGGAAGGAUACCUUUGCUGAUUAUGGUGAAAGUUCCUGUAAGUGUUGUGCUUGGGGAAUUACACAUGCAGCAGAUUGUUGUUGAGGUUAAUUGCUCCUUGGUCGUUAAUGAUUUGUCUCCAAAGAAGAAAAUUGGGAUCUUGUCAAGUAAAUACCAUGUAUCAGCUUCAUUAUGACUUAUGAGAUGAUAAUGUUACUCUUAAGUCUUUUACUUUGUCCCUCUUCUUUUGGUUUUUUUCAAGUUUCUAAAGUCUGCAAAUUCAAAU